CAUACAAUAACAUCACAUUUGUUUUGAUUCUGACUAGCUAAAAAAUAAAAAUAAACAGAAAUUAAUAAUUUGCCAAAAUGUGGCCCAUUGUAAUGGCACUUUUGAGGCGCAACGCCGUUUAUAUUACAUUACCAAUUGCAGGAGUUGUCGGCUUUAUUGGCUACAAUCUGGAGAGCAUGUUAUCUGACAAAUACACACCGUACAGCCCUUCCAUACAAGAGGUGCGUGCAAAUCGACUUACUGAUGACAAGUUCAUUGAGAAUGCCGCUAAUGUGGAGAAGUUACACUUGAAUAGUUCGGUGCUGCAACGCAACCUGUCGCCUUCAUUACAGCCAAAAGCUUAAGCAUGGCUAACAGGAAUUUGUGUUAUAUAAU